UGGUUUGGCCUAACUAGCUUGUUGUCAUGACCAUAGAAAAUUUCUACACAUCCAGCGUCUGCUAGACCUCUUAACAAAGUCAUCAAAAUUUAACUUCCGACUGCCGUUGUCCGGUGGUUACCACAAACUUUUUUUUUUUUUUGCUUAUCUUUAGCCACACCCAUAGAACUUGAUUUGGAUGGCUCUACAAUUGAAAAGACUCAUCACUUUACUUCUUGAAACUUAAAAUUCGUUUACUAUGACUUAUGGACUCUAUUCUUCUUGAAAUUCAAAAAUCGCCAAACAUGUGUGACCCACCACCUAAUAAGGUUAUGCUACAUGUGCUAAUGAAUUUGAUUAUAAAUCUCUACUAUGCGUUAACAUUUAACAAUUAAGUUUAAAAUAAUAAAAUAAGAAUGUGGCUGUGCUUGAGUCGCAAAGAUGGAAAAUAAUAGAAAAAAAAAAAUUGAUUAGUCUGUUGCUUUCAAAUCCAACUCACAGGUUAGAAUUAAAGUAGGGUAUAACAAAUUUUGAGUUUUAUAGAGUAAAUUACGAUUUUUGAGUUUCAAGGGCAAAAUGAGAUCAAAAUUGAGUUUCAAGAGACAAAAUAAAACAAAUUUUGAGUUUCAAAAAGUGAAGUUUCGACUUUUGAAUUUGGCAAAGUAAGAUCCAAAUCGAAUUCUAGAACGUAGCUAUGAAUUUUGUUACAUUUAUAUCUAUGUUGUGAGGACAAAAAAGGAAUUUAGCUUUGGAUCAUAAAUUUGCGGAAGAGAGAGAGAAAAACCUCAAAAUAUUUGAAAGCAUUUCUGCGUGCCUGUAUUUCACUCUAAAAAGCAUUUCAAAAACUCAACUUUUCCCUCCUUUCUUCUCUGCCAAAAAUGGAGCCUUCAGCUCUCAAACUGGUAAUGGUUCAAGGUCCGCGGAAGGGCGAAACCCUAGAAUUCGUACCCGGAUCCAAGGUCCGAAUCGGCCGCGUUGUUCGGGGCAACAACCUCCCGAUCAAAGACUCCGGCAUUUCCUCCAAGCACCUCUCCAUCGAAUCUGAAUCAGGCAAAUGGGUUCUCCGAGACCUCGACUCCUCAAACGGCACUGUUUUGAAUGGGUCGGAUAUUCCCCCAAAUACGCCCGUGGAUCUCACCGACGGCGACGAAAUCAAAAUCGGUGAGUACACUUCCGUCGAGGUGAAGAUCGCCGGCUACGAAGAGACCCGGCUGAGACGGAACCCUAGGCGUGCGGCGGCCGCAGCGGAAGCUACUGCGGUGCCGGUUUCGGAGAGUCGGGGACGGAGAGGUAGGGUUGCGAAGGAGGGCGAGGAGAAAGCGGAGGUGGAGAGAGCGAAUGUUGAGGAAAUUGAGGUCGCAGGGAAACGAGGGAGGGGCCGACCGCCCAGAGCUAGGGUUUUGAAGAGUGAAGCUGCGGAGGAGAAGACUGCGGAGGAAAACUUGGCACGGCAGGUGAGUACGAGGCAAACUCGGAGCUCCAGGAUUGAGGAAUUGGGGAAGAUUCCAGAGAACUCUGGUGUAGAUAGUGAAGGAGUGAACGUUGAGCCGAAAAGGACCCAUGUCGGUGCAAGGAGGAGGAAAAAUGUACCGGAGGAGGUACCGGUGUGUGAUAAGCUUGAUGUUAAGGAGGAAGAGGCUUCGAAAGGGCUGAAUUUGGAGGAAGAGAGACAUGAAGAGGCAGAUAGAGAGUUUAAUGUUAGAGGAGAGAGUGGCGAAAAGGGUAAAUAUGGAAGUGGGAGUGGUGAAAAGGGUGAGAAAGGAAGUGGAAGUGGUGAAAUCGGUGUCAAUGGAAGUGGGAGUGGUUCGGGUGUAAAUGAGAGCUGUGACUCGGAGAAGAUGACGCUUGGGGAGUGGUUUGAUUAUUUGGAGAGGAAUUUUCCACAACAGAUCAUUGAUGAGACGGAGGAGGCAAUUGCGGAAAUGGCAGAGAAAGCUAAGCGAAUUCAGGAGUACAUUGUGCAGGAGAAGGAGAAGGCGAAAGUGCUUGUGGGCUACAAGGGGGGAGCUGGGACUUGUGUUUUCUGAUGCAUAGGUUGUUGAUCCAAGGGUCGCGAUGACUUGAUCUUGGAUGAACGAUUGAACAAUUGCUUCAAGUUUUGAGCUUGAAACAAUGCGUAGAUAGUCUUCACCUCAAAGCUGCGGCAAAGGUAAUGUUGAUGUAGGAUUUCGUUGGCUCAAGGGUCUUGACGACUUGAUCUUGAAUCGAAUGUCGUUACAAGUUUUAAGCAUGCAACAAAAGUCUUGAAGGAAUCGGUGCUUGUUGAUUCUUCAAGGGAAUGCUUUGGUUUUGGUCGAAAGAAAGGUUCGGCUUUGGUUGUGCGUUCUUUGAAGAGAGCUUCGGCAGUGUAUUAGUCUUCAAAGUUUUGGCAGAGGUUCUUCUCAAUGUGAGAAUUUCGGCCUUGGAAUAUAGAAAUUGUCGACCUUAUGCUUGUCUUGGGACCUUGUAUUUAUAGACUUCCAAAGCCAUGCCUUUGGGUGGAUUUGCCUUUGAUUUGUGUCUUGAUUUGUCCAUGAGAGAAUUUAGGCAUGUUUUGUGUCUUGUU